GUUGAUUCACGUUCAUGUAGUCACAUGCGCAAAACGAUUAAAACCAUUGUAUUCAGCUUUUAAUUAGGGUGUCUACAAUUAACAAUAUCACUCACACAUCUAUAAUCCACAAAAAAUAAAAAAGUAAAAUAAAAAUUGGUUUGAAACAUCCUCAACAACGUUCAAUUUCUAUCAUCGUACCAAAUUCUUCAAUCUAAACUCAAACUUCGUUAUAAGAAGAAGAAGACAAAAAACAACGACAACAAAUUAAAAUGUGGUAGCAAACCUCAAUACUAUGGUGUAAUUCACAAGUUGAGGAUGCAUUUCAAUUUGAUAUUGAUUUUUUCUUUCAUCUUUUUCCUUUCAAUACUUCACGAUUAAGAUCCCAUUCUCACAGAGUCCUUGCAAGACCCAAACCGACUGAUGCAGUGGUGGAGAAUUAGGGUUUGAAAAAUUAGGGUUUGGGUUUCGUAGCAGUGAUGGAGGAUUGAGAGAGAGCAUGGAAUCAGCGGAGAUGCGCAUGGGGUCGUAGAGGCCCGAGAUGGGCGAACAUGCAAUGAAGCCAGCGGGGAUGCGAUCGUCGAUGCAACAGAACCAAGGUGCGGGGGAGCUUGCGAAACAAGGCGACGACGCUCAUGUGAUCAAGGGCACGAGCGCCGUGGAAAAUGAGGAGCAAUCGCACUUAGGCAGAUGCAUGAUCGACCUGGAGAAUGUGCCGCUGGAAGAAGUCUUUCAGAACCUGCACUGCACGCGCGAGGGAUUGACGUCCCACGAGGCGGAGCUUCGGAUGCAACUGGUGGGUCCCAACAAACUGGAGGAGCAACGCGAGAAUCUGUUGCUCAAGUUCCUGAGCUUUAUGUGGAACCCGCUGUCGUGGAUUAUGGAGCUCGCCGCCCUCAUGGCGCUUGUGCUCGACAACGGUGAAAAUCUGCCGCCGGACUGGCAGGACUUCGUCGGCAUUAUCUGCUUGCUGUUGAUCAACUCCACGGUGAGCUAUAUUGAAGAGACGAGCGCGGGGAAAGCCGCCGCAGCGCUCAUGCAGGCUCUCGCGUUGAAGGCGAAGGUGCUUCGAGAUAAGGUGUACAGUGAGGUGGACGCGUCCAUCUUAGUGCCCGGAGACAUCAUUUCCAUCAAGUUGGGCGACAUCAUUCCGGCCGAUGCUCGGCUGUUAGACGGCGAUCCGUUAACGGUCGAUCAGUCUGCGUUGACCGGAGAGUCUGUGGCUGUCAUCAAGCGGCCAGGUGAUGAGGUGUUCUCGGGUUCCAUAUGCAAGCAAGGGGAGCUUGAAGCUGUGGUGAUCGCUACUGGCGCACACACUUUCUUCGGGAAAGCGGCGCAUCUUGUGGACACCACUCACCAGCAAGGGCACUUCCACCAGGUGCUGAAAUCGAUCGGGAACUUUUGCAUCAUGACGAUCGCGCUGGGCAUGGUCAUCGAGAUCAUUGUGAUGUACCCGGUCCAGAGAAGGAAGUACCGUGUCGGCGUCGAGAACUUGCUGAUUUUGUUGAUCGGCGGCAUCCCCAUCGCGAUGCCGACAGUGUUGUCAGUGACGAUGGCUGUGGGUUCCCAUAGCUUGGCCAAGCAGGGUGCCAUCACGAAACGGAUCACUGCCAUCGAAGAAAUGGCUGGCAUGGACAUCCUGUGCUCUGAUAAAACUGGCACCUUAACGCUGAAUCGUCUUACUGUCGACAAAUAUGCCAUCGAAGUCUUAAGCCCAACCAUCGACAAGGAAGCCAUCUUGCUCACUGCGGCACGGGCUUCCCGCAUCGAAAACCAGGAUGCAAUUGAUCAAGCUAUUUGCAACAUGCUAGCGGAUCCAAAAGAAGCACGGGAGGGGGUGGAGGAAGUCCAUUUUUUGCCAUUCAAUCCCACCAACAAGCGCACUGCCAUGACUUACACAACUCCUGAUGGGAAAAUGUACCGAGCAACUAAAGGUGCCCCAGAACAAAUCUUGGAGCUUGCCCACAACAAAGAAGCCAUUUGUGCCAAAGUACAUGAAGUUAUCAAGCGUUUUGCUGAUAGAGGGCUUCGUAGCCUUGCUGUUGGGAAACAGGAAGUGCCAGAUGGUGUGAAAGAAAGCCAAGGAGGUCCGUGGCAAAUGUUGGGGAUCAUUCCACUUUUUGACCCACCGAGGCACGACACGAGCAACACUGUGCACAGAGCUUUGGAACUGGGCGUGAACAUCAAAAUGAUCACAGGUGAUCAGUUGGCAAUUGCCAAAGAAACAGGCCAACGAUUGGGGAUGGGUACCAACAUGUAUCCAUCUACGGCAUUAUUCGGUCACGGAAAACAUAGCCAAUCCCUAGUGGGUGUGGAUGAGGGUGAACUUAUUGAACAAGCUGAUGGAUUUGCAGGUGUUUUUCCCGAACAUAAAUACAAAAUAGUGAAAGUAUUACAAGAAAAGAAGCAUGUGGUUGGCAUGACUGGUGAUGGAGUAAAUGAUGCACCAGCUUUGAAGAAAGCAGACAUUGGCAUUGCAGUUGCUGAUGCUACUGAUGCUGCUCGCAACGCAGCUGAUAUUGUUUUAACACAACCAGGAUUGAGUGUGAUAAUACAUGCAAUUCUUACAAGCCGGUGUAUAUUCCAACGCAUGAAGAAUUAUACUAUAUAUGCAGUAUCUAUCACUAUUCGGAUUGUUGUUGGUUUCAUGCUAUUAGCACUAAUAUGGAGAUUUGAUUUCUCACCUUUCAUGGUCCUUGUAAUUGCGAUUCUAAACGACGGAACAAUUAUGACCAUAUCAAAAGAUAUUGUGAUCCCAUCACAAUUUCCGGAUUCAUGGAAGCUCAAGGAGCUAUUCAUUCAAGGCAUAUUCCUAGGUGGCUAUCAAGCAUUAAUGACAGUCAUAUUCUUUUAUCUUGUCCAUUGUACAAAUUUCUUCCAGAAAACAUGUGGGGCCUCACAAAUUAGGGAGAACCCCUACCAAGAAACAGCAGUGGUGUAUUUACAAGUGAGUAUUGUGAGCCAAGCCUUAAUUUUCGUGACUCGCUCACACGGGUGGUCUUUCAUGGAACGGCCCGGGUUUUGGCUUCUAGGGGCCUUUGUGAUCGCUCAACUGCUUGCCACUUUAAUAGCUGUUUAUGCAUCUUGGAAUUUUGCAAAGAUCCAAGGAUGUGGUUGGAAAUGGGCUGGGAUUGUUUGGAUAUAUGAUGUAUUAUGGUAUUUUCCAAUGGAUCCCAUUAAAAUGGUAUCACGCUAUAUGUUGAGUGGACAAGCAUGGACUUUGAUGACGGAACACAAAGUGUUUUUAACACAUCAAAAGAAUUACGGACGUGAGCAAAGACAAGCACAAUGGGCGACUAUUGCUUGGAGUGAAAGCCAGAAACCUCCAACUAUUUCAUCGCUAGGUCUCAAGCCGCUAACUUUAGGGCAAAGCUCUGGUAUGCCCACUAAUUUAAAAAGUUGGGAGGUUGCCAAUCAAGCUCGUCGGCGUGCAGAAAUGGCAAAGUUGCGAGAACACCACACAUUAAAGGGACAUGUUGAAGCAUGGACAAAGUUAAAAGGCCUUGAUGAAAUUGCUAUGCAACAAGCUUAUACUCUUUGAUUUUUGUAUUGCAAAGAUGAUUUUUUUGAAAAGAAAAGUUGGAAUUCAAAUUGAAUAGUGCCUAGAAAAGUUGAAGACUUACAACCAAUUUUUAAAAUUUUACUUAUACGUUUUUAAAACCAGAUAAGCCCACUAAUGAAAGGUACAAGUUAUUUUACCAGAAAAUAAGAAUUUAAUUUAGAUGCAAUAAAAAAGAAAAAGAAAAACGGGAACUAAAACAUAAGAAGUACAUUUAUUAAAUGAAGUCUGGUGAUUGGUUGAUUUUAUUUCUUUGAUACCAUGAUGCCCAAAUAGGAAAAUGCAUAUAAAAAUGCAUUCUUAGCACUAAAAAUGUUUUUAUAGUUAAAGUGUAAUUUUUUUAUUUGAGUUU